UAUUGUAUACCAUUGUAUAAUAAUCCAAAACUUAGCAUAAAUUUCAACUGGAGAAGUGGACAAAGUUUUGCGGUGCGUUUUGCACUUCUGGUCGGGGCAUUAAUUAUGAUAAUAUUUCUUGGACUUUAAUAAGCAUUUGGCAUUUAAGGGACCCCUCAGAUAUGCAAACAGCUUGGCCUGCUUGCCACUUGCCACUCGUCCUCCGCCCUCAGUCGACGUGGACGCCACUUGACUGCGUUGUCGGGUAAUUACAAUAAGACGCUCAUAAGCUCAUCGAAAAGUGGAGUGCCAAAUGCAAGAUGCAAAUGGCAGAGGAGCGGCCAACCUCAUUGUCUCGUUCACAUUAAUUAACUGACAGAUGGGAAUGAAUGUCUGCUGGGGAAGUUGUCUUAUUUUGUUGUCCUCUGUGGUCCGACUCAAAUAAAUCUCUGCUGUUUAAAUACCCGAACGUCUAUGAUGAUUGUGAAAACAAAUGGUGAAUGUUUGCAUUGUAAAGCGAAGCUCAAAUUGGGGCAUAAAUAAUGCAAGUGCUGUGCUGAUGACUUGAAAGUGAAAAUUUAGCAGCUCUAAUGUAAAUAAUUAAAUUCGAAAUUUGUGUAACUAGCUUAUUGAUUGAAUUGCAAAGCGGCAGGAAAUCUAAAUAUAUUUUAGAUGCAAUUUCCUAAGCAAUAACACUGUCUAAAUUAUUCAAAUUUGAGUUAAUAACUUGACUCCUGACUCAUUAGCCAAAAUAUUUACCUCUGUUAAUUUAACAUAUUAAAUACCGCAUAAAAGACUAGGAAUCCCUGCGUUGCUUAUCACUUGUAUUAUUGCUUAAAUACAUCUCUACAAAUGUGGCUUUCUCACAUACUUUUGUUGCUGCAAUUUCCGAUGUUUGCACUUGGAAACAUAACUACUAGUGACCAAUAUCCGGAACCUACAUAUAGCCACCUAAGUUCCCACCUAGUAUCCUUGCGCACUCGUACAUUUAUUCAUACUCCUGGAGAUAAUCAUUUUUGUACUGGAGUGUUGAUAAGUAAGCGCCAUGUUCUUACUUCAGCGCAUUGCAUCACAGAUAAAAAGGGUAUGAUGAUGAACACAAAACGAAUUGUGGUUGCCCUUUGUGCGGCUCUUUUCAAAACUUCUGAGCGUGAGGAAUUUCUUGUCGAAAUCCAGAAUAUGGUUAUCUAUCCGUAUUAUCAUAGAAACAAACGCGAUGAUAUGGGUGUAAUUAAACUAGGGAGAACUAUUAAAUUUGAUGGCCUUCACUUGGCCCAAGUGAUUAUAGGUAAUUCCCAACUGGAAGUGGGAAGAGAUUGCAAGACCGUUGGUGGAAACUUUGGCAUCAGAAGGCAAAGAUUUGGAUCAUUUUACAGCAUGUUGUUCGUGGAUGUUGAACUGCGACCAUUUUCCGAGUGUCUGGAUGUCAAUAAAGAUCUGAGAGAGGCUCAAGCCGAAAACGAAGAUCUUAUAUGUGUAAAGCCCCUGCAAAGCCAUGUUUGUACCACAGAUUUCGGAGGCCCACUAUUUUGUGAUGGUCAGCUCUAUGGGAUCGCUUUGGGCUUCGUUAAUUGUUCAAGUCCGAAUCCGGUUUUCUUCAGUUACGUGCCUUUUUAUACCAGCUGGAUGAACAAGAUGAUAUCCCAGGGAGUGGAGCUGCAGCCGCAUCAUAAAUGGAUAUUUUCCUUGACCUUCCUCUACUGUAUUUUGGGCAACUUUCACCUGCGGCAGCAAGUGGAUAUCUAAAUCUCUCUGAAAAGGAAAAGCUCGCGCCUGCGAUUAAUGGAAAAUUGAGGAAAGGCCCUAGGAAACUUUCGCCUGCAAUGCACCUGUGUGCCACGUGUGGCAAACGUGUCACGUUCACUUUUUCUCCAAAAAAAAAACCGCAUUGACUUUCCGUUUAACUUUAACAACAAUAUUUUCGGUUAUUGCCUAGCACUUUUGCACUUUUUCAUUAAUCAAGGCGAAAAAGCAACUGCCGAAAAAAGCUUAAUAAAUUUGUACAUAAAAAAUGAUUGAUAAAGGCCAUAAAUAAUCCCAAUAAUAAAUAGAAAAUUGGUCAAGAAAAAAGUAAAAGGCAGCGACACGGCAAUUUGAUGUAACAACCAAUCAUUAUUAAUAGCCACGAAAUGCUGGAUAAAUACCGACCCGUAAAGGUAAAAAGAAAUUGCACAAACACGCGAUAAUGUUUGGCCGAAAUGAAAAGCCAGAAGUUAACAAUAACAAGUUUGGCGCUGAACUUUCUUGUUCAACUCCCAUUGACUUUGAGUUCAAGACUAGCUGUCAGUCUUGCGAUGUAAAGCCAGCCAGAAAUCAGUAAUAAUUAUCUUUUUUGGUUGCCCCGCAAUUGAAUGCAGGUAGCUGGCAUUACAAAAGCUGAUAAAUCGAUGCUGAUAAAUUGAAAAUUACCAGCCAAGCGAUAUAUAAUGGUUGGGAUGAUAAGCUCACAGAUUGCAUACAAUAAAUGUACAUGUACUCGUGCCUGCAGCAUUGGAUUUUCCUUUUACAGUGCUGAAAUUGCAUACCAAUUUGUGGUAGACAGCAGCCCAGACAUAUGUGCUGGUCUUGCUUUUAUUUCUUUCUCUUUUAAAAUCAACAAGAUGCUGAUUGGGACAGUGGGAUCAAAUGAGAAAGUCCUUUAAUUAAAUAAAAGUUAGACAUUGAAGUCCAAAGU